AUGCCUUCGCCGCCGCCCGCCGCCGAGCCGUCGUGGGCAGCGUGGGUCGACGGCACCGUCUCCGCACUCGCUGAGCAACGGCUGCUCCGCUCUCUGAGGCCGCUGACGCCCGAUCCUGGUUGCUCACGCCGCGUGGUCCUCUCGGCGCCGUCGCCGCAGCGGCUGACCGUCUUUGCAGACAACGACUACCUCGGCCUGAGCUCGCACCCCGAAGUGCGCGCCGCCGCAGCCGCGGCGGCGGCGGAGCACGGCUGCGGGCCGCGCUCGUCGGCGCUGGUGUGCGGUCACACCGAGUGGCACGAGUCGCUCGCUCGCCGGCUCGCGCGGCUCAAGCACGCGGACGCGUGCGAGCUCUUCCCGACGGGCUUUGCAGCCAACGCCGCCGUGCUCGGUGCGCUGGCGACCUCGCCCGGCUGCGCCAUCUUCUCCGACGCCCUGAACCACGCCUCCAUUGUCGACGGAGCGAGGCUCGCCGCCAAGGGCGCCGGCGCUGCGCUGCACAUCUACCGCCACAACGACCUCGCCCACCUCGAGCGGCUUCUCUCGGCGAGCGCCGCGCCGCGCAAGCUUAUCGUCUCAGACUCGGUCUUCUCGAUGGACGGCGACGCGGCCGACGCCGCGGGGCUGGCGGCGCUGCGCGACAGGCACGGCGCGCUGCUCCCUCCCCCGCAGGCGCACGCCACUCUCGUGUACGGCGAGGGCGGCGGAGGACGACGAGUCCACGCUCGGCCGAUGACCCUCGCAGUGGUGACCUGUCGGCUCCUCUCAAAGGCGUUUGGAGCGCACGGCGGCUUCGUCGCGUGCUCCUCGCCGCUGCAUCAGCUCCUCCUCUCGCGCGGCCGAGCAGGCAUCUACUCCACCGCACUGCCGCUGCCGGCGGUGGCGGCGGCGGACGCCGCUCUCGCCCUCGCCACACCGCAGCGGCGCGCGCAGCUCUGGGCGCGCGCGUGCGGCUGGCGCAGCCCGAUCGUGCCGAUCGAGGUGGGGAGCGAGGCGGCGGCGCUCGAGGCGGCGGCGAGGCUGCAGCGGUCCGGUUUCUUCGUGCCCGCCAUCCGCCCGCCCACCGUGCCCGAGGGGACGUCCCGCUUGAGGGUGGUCGUCACGGCCGGCCACGAGGAGGAGGAGGUGGCGGAGCUCGCUCGCGCGCUGAGCGAGUCGGGCGUGCUGCGGCUGCGGGACGCGCACGCGCGCGGGGAGGGGGAGUACUAA